AUGCCUGACGAUGCAGAAGAUGGCAACAACAAUCUGCUUCGGGGUGUGGUCCUCUGCAGCACAUCAUUACCGCAGGAACUCAGAGACAAGUUGAAUGAUCUCGCAAAGAGCAUGGGUGCUGUCCAUCGUCUCGACCUGACCGCCGACGUGACACACCUGAUCGUAGGGAACAUCGAUACCCCCAAAUGCAAGCACACAGCAAAGGAAAGACCGGACAUACACGUUCUCAAGCCAGAGUGGAUCAACGCCAUCCGCAAAGCCUACAUGGAGGACCAAGACAUAGACGUCGAUGCACUGGCUCAAGAGUACCGCCUUCCGGUAUUUUACAAUCUACACAUCUGUGUCACUGGCUUUGAAGAUAUUGACCUAAGGCAAGACCUGAUCCAAAAGAUCGGCGACAAUGGCGCUCAUUACCAUGGGGACCUCACCAGAGAAGUCACCCAUCUCAUCGUCGCGAAACCCAAAGGCGCCAAGUACGAUCGUGCCAAAACAUGGAAUCUCAAAACAGUGUCUAAGAAAUGGCUCGAUGAAAGUCUAGAAAGAGGCAUGGCCGUUGAUGAGGACCUAUACCAUCCCCUGGCACCUGUAGAAGACCAGGGCUACAACGCCUUCGACCGCACUUACCAGAGGCCUCCCGUGCUAGGAAAGAGACAACGUCAUGUGUCCGCCAAUACGUCAAUGGAAGAAGCUGGGAGGCGAAAAAUGCGCCGAACUACAAGUGCGAAGUUGGCGGACCACAGUCAAAGCAUGAUGACCAGCUUCCUGUCUCAUGGAGGCGACGAGCCGUCUGAAGUCGCAAACGACCAAUGGAAGGACCCCAAUAAUGAAACGUCACGAUCAAGGACACGAACACGAAGUGCAAGUCCCUCUAGACCAGAGCACGACAUAUCUCGCCAUGCAUCUCGAGGGCCAACUCCUCUUCACGAAGAGGAGCAUAGACUAUUCUCUGGCAUCUUGUGCCUCGUUCACGGUCAUGACAACAAGAAGGCAGCAAAGAUUGAUGAGAUCAUAACUUCGAAUGGUGGCCAGAUUGCUCAUUCUACCGAUGCUUUGUACACGGCCCUAGACAAAGACAAGCAUCAACGCACAGUUCUUGUACUACCAAGUGAAUGGACAUCGCUCACUAAGGGCUCGAUACCCGAAGUUCCUCCUGAGACAUGGCUUGUCACGGAGUGGUGGCUUGAAAGAUGCAUCAAACAGAAGAUUGUCCUUGACCCAAAUCAUGAUGUGCUCAGUCAGCCGCAUCUACGCCUCCCCAUUGAUGGCUUCAAAGGCAUGUCAAUAGCAACGUCUGGCAUGGGCCAUGAUGUUCUACACAUAUCGAAGCUUGUCAAACUUGCAGGCGCAUCCUAUGACGAAACACUACUACCGAAAACCUCUAUCCUUGUUGUUCCCGGUGCUGCUUCAAAUCCAAAGAUCUCAUAUGCUGCCAAACAUAAAAUUUUGGUGGUACUGGAUGAUUGGCUUUUCUCUAGUCUCCAAAACCUGACAAAGAUGCCAACGUUCGAUUACUCUGUGGCCGGGCAAUCUAGGCAGAUUCUUGAUCACCCAAAGUUCGAUCACACUUCGAGAGAAGCAGGUGUAGCUCCUCCCCAAGACAAUAGGUAG